AUGGACGCUGAUAUCGACGGCACUACAUCGGCCCCUCUACGGACACAUUCUCCACCUUCUACAACCCCGACUGUCUCCCCUUCCAAGACCUCCGAGCCAUCCUCACGCGAAAUCGCCCUUCAGACCCAAAUCAACUCACUUCAAUCCGAACUUGACAAUGCUCUUUUCUCCAACAUCUCGGUCCGACACUCCCUUUCCGAAGCCCAGAGUACUAUAAAAAACCUGGAGUCAAUGGUCACCAAGUACCACGUUGAGAAGGGCGAGAAAGAGCGGGCAGAGAGGCGAGGGCGGGCUCUCGAGAUGCAAGUGGACAGGCUGGAGUGGAAGAUCGAGCAGCUGAAGAAUGAGAUGAAGACGAAGGAGACGGAGUGCAGGGCAUUAGAGGAAGGAAAGGAGUGGGAAACAAAAUACAGGGCCUUGAAGAGAGGUAUCGAUGCGCUUUCUGGCGGCAGUGGCUCCCCUUCAAAAUCCAAGCACAACACACAGAUGCCCAACAAGAAACUCCGCGUCUCAUUGGGAUUAGACCACCCGACUCCCCUGACUCCACCUCACAAACCCAAGCCGACAAAACCUUCUUACCGUCGUCACUCCGUCCCUUCCGCCCGAGCCCUCGUACAAUACGAUGACAUCCCCGAGAUUAGCGACGCCGAAAGUUCAGGAGGUCAAGAUGACGAUGUCAAGGAUGAUAAUUUCGUGUAUUACGGUGAUGAUGUUGAGGUUGACUCGAAGAAAGCGAAACGUGUGCCGGGUGGCUGGAUAACGAGCCAAAAAGAGAACACUGCCCGGCUCCUUGCUUCAUUCAACUCGGCCCACCGACAAGCUCUCUCCCUCCGUCCCCUUCGAUCACCCAAAUCCGAAUUCGCACAGCUGUCUUGGAAGAAAGAAAGACUCGCGGAGCUCAUGGUGCGUUUUGUCAACCUCCCAGGGUCAGCGGUGGAUGAGAGUGAGCUGGGAAAGCCUGGGGGUCAGAAAUUGGAUCUGAUCAAGAGGAUGAAAGAUGCGCUGGAUCAGGGGCUUGUAUACUUUGAGGCAGUGCCGCCUCCGGAAAGUGUGGAGACGAGGGAUGUUGGAGAGACAGAGGCGGCAAACGUUUGGAAAACGGCAGUUGAGAAAGACAUGUCAGAGGAGAAGGAGACGGAAGAGAAGGAGACAGAUGAGGGGAAGGACGUGGGGGAAGGCAGUGACACGGCGAAGGAGAAGCACGAGGGGUAG